AUGUACGGGUUGCGAUACUGGAUACGAUGUGUGUGGGUCUCUUUGUGUGUUCUGAGUGUGUGUCUGGCGGAUGGUCAGGAUGAGGGUCGUGCGGAGGAGUUCCUCUCAAAGGGAGGUCAUACAAAUAAUUGGGCCGUACUCGUCAGCACCUCCAGAUUCUGGUUCAACUACAGGCACAUGGCAAACACCUUAGGAAUGUACCGCACCGUCAAACGCCUCGGCAUCCCCGACUCCCAAAUUAUCCUCAUGCUCGCCGACGACAUUGCCUGCAACCCCCGCAACGUCCUUCCCGCCUCUAUCUUCAACUCCGCAUCCCGCUCCCUCGACCUCUACGGCCCAUCCAUCGAAGUUGACUACCGUGGCUACGAAGUAACCGUCGAAAACUUUAUCAGGCUCUUGACGGGGAGGCAUGAAGAAGGUGUCCCAAAGAGUAAGAGGUUGGGGAGUGAUGAGAGGAGUAAUGUGUUGGUGUAUAUGACGGGACAUGGGGGUGAUGAGUUUUUGAAGUUUCAGGAUAGUGAGGAGAUCAGUGCUUGGGAUUUGGCGGAUGCGUUUGCACAGAUGUGGGAGAAGAAGAGAUACCACGAACUCCUCUUCAUGACCGACACCUGUCAAGCAAACACUCUCUACACCCACUUCUACUCCCCCAACAUCCUCGCAACCGGCUCCUCCGCAAUCGGUGAAUCCUCCUAUUCCCACCACGCCGACGCCGACAUUGGUGUCGCCGUAAUCGAUCGCUACACUUAUUAUAACCUCGAGUUUUUGGAGAAGGUUGAGAGAGGAGGCCGCGAGACGUUGGGGGAAUUGUUUGAGGGCUAUACGUGGGAGAGGAUACAUAGUACGGCGGGUGUUAGGACGGAGGGGUUUGCGAGGAAUGUUGAUAAAGUGCGGAUUACGGAUUUCUUCGGGGGGGAUGUGGGGGUUGAAGUAGGGGUGCCGGAGGGGUUUAAUGCUGGUGAGGGGGGUGGGGAGAUAAGGGUGAAUGAGAGUGAGGUUCCUUCACGAUGGACAUCAGUGACGAAGUUGAAUGUUGGAAAGCCGGUAUUGUUCCAACCUGGAGAUGAACAGGGAGUGUUGGACACGCCCAAAUGGGCAGCUGCCAUGCGAAGAGGCCGGAAAUCGAUAGCCCUUCUUCACUAG